GAUUUAAAAAUGUCAUCUACUACUUGCGUUGCAGAAUCCUCAUCAUCUCCUACUAUUACCGUUACUGCAUCCGCUUCCACAAAUGUCCCUAUUGCCAUAACUAUUCCUCCUGAAAUUUUCAUCAAAAUAUGUGAACAUUUACCACCUUUUGAUCUUUUGUCGUUGACUGGUGUUUGUAAAAGGUUUCGUGGCUUCUUAUGUUCUCCAGAAUCUUUAAUAACACAAGAUAUCUGGCGUACUUCAAGAAUUUGUUUCUUACCUGGCCUUCAAUUACCACCUCCCGAUGGAAUGCAUAAUAAUCAAAUUCUUUUUUGGACUUCUGAUUUAACAUCAUCAUUUAGAGAAUUUGAAGUAAUCAGUGGCAACAAUUACAUGAAAUGGGUUGCUGACCGAAAAGAAAAGCGUAUCCGUAUAAUGGAUGAUGCCGCUCAGCGUGAUCAAGCGGCUGCUGCUGCUGAAGAAGAAAGCAACAAACUAUUAGGUUCUGCUACGGCUGAUACCACAACUAAUAUUCCAACAGUCAGCGCUUUAGGUGUUGAUGUUGAUCCAAGACAAUUUGCACUUUCACAAAUUCGUAUCACUGGCACAAGGUCGAGUGUUUCUUCAGCGGUGUCAGCGUUGCAACAUUUUGGUCAUAUUGAUACUCUUGACAUUAUGAUAAUGGAUUCUCCUUAA